CAUCCGAGAACUACUGUAAAUAAACAGUAAAUAACCAUGCAGGUCUUUACUCCAGCGUUAGUCUUUCAAAAAACGCCCUCAGGUAAAGGCAGAGACAAAUUCAGCAUUCAGUGUCUGGAGUGUUUCGGUAAAAACCUCUACAUCGGGACCAAAGAGGGAGCCGUCGAGUACCUCACUGUAAACAACCCAAGCUCUCAACAAAGCCUUACAGUUCGGGAGGUGGGAAAGAGGCAGAUGGGUCGAAGCGGUGCAAUCAUCAAAUUAACGGCCAUCCCAGUUCUCAAUCAUCUCCUGGUUCUUUGGGACGGUUCGAUAACGGUGCUAAACAUGUUCUCCCUUGAAGCCCUCCCAGCUCUGAAAAAAAUCCCCAACGUGUUGCACUUUGCUGUCAGUGAGUCAGGGCUUCAGACAGAUUCAGCAGAGCUCAUCGUGGCCUCGAGCAGGAAGAAAACAGUGAGCGUUUAUAAGGUGUGUGUGGACAGAUGGGAGUGUGUGAAACAGGUGGUUCUGCCGCAGGAACCUGUGCUUCUGGCUGCGCUCGGCACGUGUCUGUGUGUGGCCACUUGUGACAGAUAUUUCCUCCAUGAUCAUCAGAGCCAAAACACCACUGAUCUUUUCCUACAUAACCUGGGGAAACAAAAUAUCAUCGCUAACAAAUGUGGAAAAGGAGAGUUCGUUCUGAAUGGGCCUGGAUGUUUGGGCAUGUUUGUGAUGAUGAAUGGCACCUCCCAGCAUCCUCCAGUGCAGUGGCCUGAUGGAGUGAUGGACGUGGCUGUUCAUUUCCCAUAUGUGCUCGCACUACAAAAUCAAUCCGUUCACAUCUACAGCAUUCUGGACCAGCAGCUGAAGCAAACUGUGCCUGUUCACAAUGCCAGAUCUCUCGUCCCGACAGAAGAAAGUGUUUUUAUUGUUGCUGACAAAGAGAUUCAGCGGCUGUCACCAGUUCCUCUUGAAGAUCAGAUUCAUGAGCUGGUUAACAGACAGAGAGUUGAAGAAGCUCUGACGCUGUUGGAAAGAGUUCAACAUCUCCUGCCAAGGGACUCCUACAAGGAUCUACACAAAAAUCUGAUUUGCACAUCUGGAAUGAUAAAGUUCUACAGAGAGGCUUUUGUGGAAGCAAAAGAGCUUUUUAUUAAAGGUGAUUUGGAUCCAAGGGAAAUCAUUAGCCUUUAUCCUGCAAUGCCUGUUCUGAGUGAAGAUUUCACUCCUCAGACAACAUCAGUCAGCAACGCCAAAGACCUGUGGACGUUAAGCCGAAACGACUGGCCGACAUUUCAACAAUACCUCAGCUUUUUGGAAGACUUCUUGAGAGAAGUGAAGCCAACAGCACAGGGCCAAACGUGUCUUCAGGACAUCGACUCAGCACUUUUUAAGCUUUAUCUGGAAAAAGGGGAAAAUGAAAAAUUGGACCAGCUUGUCUCGACACAGAAUAACUGCAAUCUCCAAAUGUGUGUGGCUGAUUUGGAGCAGCACAAAAGGUUUUUCACACUUGGAUUGCUCUAUCAAAGCCAAGGCCAGCAUUUUAAUGCAAUUCAGACCUGGAUUACAAUUGUGGAGGAUGAAAGCAAAGACCCUUCAAAUGCCAAUGUAUUCCAGCACAUAGUCAAAACACUGUCAAAUCUGCAGCAUAAACAAAUCAUCUGGAAAUUUGUGGACUGGGUUAUUCAGAGAGACCAAGAGGCUGGAAUACAGAUCUUCACAAAGACAAAUGCAGGCAGCCACACUACUUUUGCACCAGAAGAAGUUUUUACCAUUCUCAACAGCUACCCAGUUGCUCUGACCCUGUACUUGGAAUAUUUAGUCAAUGAAUCACACAGCAAGGAGGAAAAGCAUCAUACUAUGCUCAUCACAUCAUAUAUCAAACGAAUACUGCAGUCACUUGCGGAUGACCACAACAAUGAAUCAAACACAGAGGAGAUGAGACAUAAACUACAGCAGUUACUGUGGCAGUCCUCUUUCUACAAUGCUGAUAAGAUAUAUGACCAAAUAGCAUCCUCAUCUCUUCAUGUGGAGCAGGCAAUUUUGCUUGGAAAGUCUGGUAAACACAAAAAGGCCCUGCAGGUUUUGGUCUAUGAGGAGAAAGAUCAGCAGGCUGCUGAAUGCUUCUGUUGGAGGACCUCUGCUGGACGAGACAAGAAGUUCACGCAGACCAUAUUUCUCACUCUACUACAAAUCUACCUUAAGUCCAGCCAUCACGUCAACGCAGCAGUGGACCUGCUGAACAAAAACCCAGAGUCUUUUGAUUUAUCCAUCGUGUUAACGGUGCUUCCGGAGUCCUGGUCUCUAAAAGUGGUCCUGCGGUUCCUGUGUGAAUCACUGAGAGGAACGGUGCAUGACAAAAGAAUGAGAGGUCUGGAGAUGAGCCUAGCCAAAGUGGAAACUCUACGACACAGACAUGCAUUGAUGGCAGCAACACAUGAAAAAAUCCAAGUUGACAGAGGAUGUGUUUGCCAUUCAUGCCAGAAACGUCUUACAGGAGCCGAGUUCCUGCGCAGGCCGACAGGAGAGCUGACACACAUAACCUGUCAUAAUGGUGAAAGCAGCCACUGAACACCAGAGACACUAUUAUUCACACCUGUUCACAUUUACUCCGCUGCUGUUUACAAUAAAGACAGUAAUUACGUGGACAGUUAGGGCAAUUACUAUGACAAAUUGCUGAGAGUAUGUGACACAUGCUAAGCUGAGCCACAAACACCAGAAGGAAACCCACAACAACUGCACACACAGAUGCUGACAGUACACUUAUCCACAUAUAGCUGCGAUGAUACUGCACAUGUUACUCUGUAUGUUAGAGAGAUGACAAAAUCCA